CCUACAUCUGGAAGUUAUUUGGAACAAGAGAGGGGGGAAAAUAGCUGACUGAAAAGAUAGAAAACUGAGGAGAACCUGGAAUUAGUCUUUAGGGUUGAGGGAAUGCAAUAGCAAGCUAACAAAUACUUUAACGUUAUUUGGUUAUUAGAAAAAUCUGUGAGAGAAAUGAUAGGAUUUAAACAAAGAAGGGAAAGCUUCUGAAGAAUUCUGUAUCCGACAAAACAGCAAGACCAAUAUUUCAAGCUUAUCACUUCCCAGAAGACUUUAUGUUUUUUUGUCCCUUGAGAAGAGUCAUUAACAAGAAGAACUGGAGGAAUCACAUCUGUGAUGCAGAUAAUAUUGAUCUAUGAAUAAUUAAAGCAAGAUCUCAUGAACUUCAUCACUACGAAGCAAAAAGACAAUACAGGAAGCUUUGGAGUCAGGACAAAGUGAAAUCUCAACUGUGCUCCUGGAAACCUUUUCACUGCCAGUCAGUCACUUUUUCUGUCUCCAUCUAAAUCAAGAAUGUCUGUGUCACGAUGUUGUCUCUGCUGUGUCAAGUACCUCAUGUUUAUCUUCAACCUCAUCUUCUGGUUGGGAGGAUGUGGUUUAUUUGGUGUUGGGGUGUGGCUUGCCUUCACACAGUCAGAGUUUUCAUCUCUGCCACUGUCCUUCCCUUCACUCUCCGCCGCCAACCUGCUGCUUGUUGCUGGGGGCAUCACCAUGGUGACAGGCUUCCUAGGAUGCCUUGGUGCUCUGAAAGAGCAGAAGUGUCUGUUGAUGACGUUUUUUGUGAUCCUCUUGAUUCUAGUCCUGAUAGAAGUGGCACUGAUUGUGGUUUUGAGUGUGUAUCAUGAAGAGUUGGACAAGAGAGCCAAGGAUGACCUAAAAGAGGGAAUGAAAAAAUAUCUCACAAAUGAAGGGAUGAAAAAUUCCUGGGACAACAUGCAGAAAAUUUUCAAGUGCUGUGGCGUGAGCAACCACACCGACUGGCACAACAAAACAUCCAGUGGAAAACUUCCCGAAUCCUGCUGCAGGGAUAAUAAUGAUCGCUGCAAUCACUGGGAAGAGCCGUGCUAUGAGAAGGCCAAAGACUGGCUCCUGGCUAACAUGACCUCAGUGCUUGGGUUCGGAGUUUGCAUUGGAGUCGUUCAGAUUCUUGCUUUGGUGUUCUCCUUGCUGAUGUACUGUCAAAUCCUACGAGCAGAAAAAUACAUGGACUGACCCUACCUUUGCCCCAUUGUGCCAGGGACUCUUUAAAACAUAAUUCUGAAUAUGUAAUAAAUGUUUCAACAGACUAUUGUCUAUUAGAGAUACUGGAUGAGAUACGCAUGUGCACCUAAAUUAUGCCGUUGCACUUAGGAAGAAGCUCAGAUGAAUUUCAGCUAAAUUAAUUCACCAGGUAAAUGCCUAAAUAAUUAAAAUGUACUUCAGAAAAUAUUAUUGAAUGAAUAUAAAGUGAAUGUAUACAGUAGGUGGAAAAGUAAAUCCUAAUAUUAUUGCACUCUUUGUUAAAUACCAAUACCCUUAUAACUGCUUGCGAUGAACUUUUGAUCAAAGUUAAUUUCAAUUAAAAUUAAAUCAAAUGUUAUAUGAUUAUUGUUAUAAUAAACCAAUUUUCUGUACUAUA